GCAAUCUCCACACCCUAACCCUAAGACAGGGCCACCCCAAGCCGCACGCGCCAUCGACCAUGGAUGGACUUCCCGAAGAGCUGCUCGCCGACGUCCUCCGCCGCCUCCAGCCGCGGAGCGUCGCCGUCUGCCGGAGCGUCUGCAAGGGCUGGCGCGCGGUGGCCGACGCCAGCGGGAUGCUGCUGGCGGUCACGCACCUCAUGCCACGCCGUCUCUGGGGCAUCUACAUCAACCACGUCGGGCAAAACCGCCCCUACUUCUUCUCCCGCGAGCCGACGAGCCCCAGCAUAGACGCCGCCCUCAAAUCCAUGCCGCCCCAACACGGGGGCUGGAAAACCGUCCUGGAUCACCGCAACGGCCUCAUCCUCUAUGGCAGCGGCACUGCCAGAACGCCCUCAUCCGCCAUUACGACAAUGCGUGUGUGCAACCCUGCAACGCGACGGUGGACAACGCUGCCCCCGCGGCCCACUGGUCGCAAUGUGUUGCCGUACCUCGUCUUCGACCCAACCGCGUCGCUGCACUACGACGUGCUAUGCUUCCCCGAGGAGCCCGAUCAUGCCUCGUGGCCGUCUUCAGGAGCAAAUCAUAACACGGAUGAGAUUAAUGAUCUGGGCUCCGUAGAAUGGCCACCGUCCUCGUACGCGGUGCAAGCGUUCUCGUCCAGAACCGGCCGGUGGGAGGAGCGGCGUUUUGUCCGGGAAGGCGAUACGACUGUUACCCUGUCAGACGUUUGGUCAGAUCCAUGGCACCCAAGAAGCGGAAGGCUAACCUAUUCGUAUAGCUCUCCACGGUGCCACGGCGUGUAUUGGCGAGAGAAAUUCUACCUUCAUUGCCGCGGCGGCUUCGUCAUCAGGUUGUCAUUGCAAGAACAGAAGUAUCUAGUCAUCAAAACCCCCAAAUCAGGCACUUUUGUCAGGGGUCCGUUUUCACCUGAUACUGAGGGUAUUAUACCAUCUGUCUACCUUGGGAAAUCAAAGCAAGGUAUCUAUUACACCGCUCUCUACAGACACCAAAUCCGAGUGUGGGUACUUCAUGAAGCAUCAGAGUCAUGUCGAACGCUAGAGUGGACACUAAGGCAAGAGGCUGUCCUCAAACCCUCAAUUGCGCGACACUACUCCCGAGUUUAUAGACAAGAAGAGAUUGCGGAGUCAUGGAACUUAGACCGUGCUGGUCAUAUUUGGGCGCAAACAAGCAUAAAAGACCAUGACUGGGACUCUGAUAACGAUAGUGACAUUCCCGAUAGAGGAGAAGAACGGGCGUCUAUACCAAAGGCCGAGAAGAGUCGCAUAGAUUUCAAAAUGAGCCUGGGAUUUGACUUGUUGGGAUUCCAUCCUUAUAAAGAGAUUGCUUUCUUGGGGAAAGAUUUUGAUGGGUUUGCUUACUUUCUUUCUACCUCUAAGUUGCAAUACCUAGGGUCAUUUUACCCGAUUGAGUCUUCUGAUAUUGUAAUGGCCAAGACACAUGAGUCAUUCAUAUAUACUCCAUGCAUGGAUGAUCUGCUUUCGCUUAACCAUGAUGGUGAUGAUGAUGAUGAUGAUGAUGAUGGUGGUGGUGGUGAUGAUGAUGAUGAUUACUAUGAAUUACUAUGACGACGAGGGUGAUGAUGAU